UUUUUUCUAGAAAGUGAGCUGCGGAGAUUUGUACCGCUCACUAUGAGCCUUGCUUAAAAGAAUAUCAACCACAGCUUGGACUUGGCCCGACACUCAGAAAAAGUUGGACUCUUUCACUCAACCGUUUGUGGUGUUUUUUCGUCUUUUGUGGCUGCAUCUGCGUUUUUUGGGGGGACGAGAGCAUAAAUUCCAAUGUGGAGUUUAUGCGCUUUGUUACGUUAACAAGUAUGCCAGCAGGAAAAAACAGGAAAAGGCUGUCUUUCAUUGCAGAUUUCGACAGCUAACACACUUUGGAAGAAUAUCAAGUGCUCGACUUGUAAAGUUUAGAAUGACUCCGAAUAACUUUUACUGAGUGUCGUCGAGAUUUUCAGAUUUCUCCCGGCGUGGAAAAAAAGUUUGGGAUUGGCUCACGUUUAUUUUUUAACUUCCGAAGCCUAACUUUUUUGGGACAUAAAGUUCGAAGACUGUUUUGGGACAAUGGAUCCGAGCCAGCACAACCCUCCUGCCGGACACCAAAUCGUCCAUGUACGGGGCGACUCUGAGACUGACCUAGAGGCGCUUUUUAACGCUGUGAUGAACCCGAAAGUCAAUACCGUGCCCCACUCUGUGCCCAUGAGGAUGAGGAAACUUCCAGACUCCUUCUUCAAACCCCCAGAACCAAAGUCUCAUUCCAGACAAGCCAGCACCGAUGCUGGGAGUGGCGGAGUCCUCAUCCCUCACCAUGUCCGUGCACACUCAUCCCCUGCUUCCUUGCAGUUAGGCGCUGUUUCUGGUGGCUCACUGUCUGGCAUGGGCUCAACAGGGGCCUCUCCUCAACAUCUUCGUCAGUCUUCUUAUGAGAUUCCUGAUGACUUGCCCCUACCAGAUGGGUGGGAGAUGGCCAAGACUGCCUCUGGCCAGAGAUACUUCCUCAACCACAUUGAUCAGACCACCACUUGGCAGGAUCCACGCAAGGCCUUGCUCCAGAUGAACCAGCCUGCCCCUCCCAGUUCUGUGCCAGUCCAGCCGCAACCUAUCAUGAACCCAGCCAGUGGAUCCCUCCCUGACGGCUGGGAACAGGCUAUUACAGCAGAGGGAGAAAUUUACUACAUCAAUCACAAGAACAAGACCACAUCCUGGCUGGACCCACGACUUGAGCCACGUUAUGCUCUGAACCAGCAGAGAAUUUCCCAGAGUGCUCCAGUGAAACAGGCCGGGCAGCUGCCUCCCAGCAUCAGUGGAGUUAUGGGAAGCAACAACCAGAUGAGACUUCAGAUGGAGAAGGAAAGACUGAGACAGAAGCAACAGGAGCUGCUUCGGCAGAGACCACAGGAGCUGGCUCUAAGGAACCAGCUGCCUACCAGUAUGGAUCAAGAUGGCAGCACAAACCCUGUGUCCUCCCCUAUGGCUCAAGAUGCCCGGACCAUGACGGCCAACAGCUCUGAUCCAUUCCUCAACAGCGGGACCUACCACUCCAGGGAUGAGAGCACAGACAGCGGCUUGAGUAUGAGCAGCUACAGUGUCCCUCGCACUCCAGAUGACUUCCUGAACAGUGUGGAUGAGAUGGAUACAGGGGACCCACUUGCACCCUCCAUGGCAACACAGCCCAGUCGUUUCCCUGACUACCUGGAUACCAUUCCUGGAACAGACGUAGAUCUGGGCACCCUGGAGGGGGAGAGCAUGGCGGUGGAAGGUGAGGAGCUGAUGCCCAGCCUGCAGGAGGCGCUGAGCUCAGACAUCCUCAAUGACAUGGAGUCUGUGCUGGCAGCUACCAAGCUCGACAAGGAGAGUUUCCUCACAUGGUUAUAGAAAAGCCGAGCUGGCCACUCCUUCCUCGCUCCUCUACCUACACUCUGAACUUCUGCCUGCUCUAAUCUGUGAAGGAAUCAUAGAUGAUUUUAUCAGACAUUUCAGCAAGCCUCUCGGGACUUCUGUGUCUGUGUCAGCAUGUAAGGCCAACCUCUUUUUUUUUUUUUUUUCCUGGCAGUAUUGUUCUGUUCUCUUCACUGGUUGUGUUAUCUCUGUAUUUUGUCUGUGUCUUCAAGGCUGGCCUAUGAACAGACAAUUAUGCAAGGGUCCCCAAAUCUUUCACAGGCCUGUCAGUGAAUCUAGGGCAUAUUUACCCACUGGGCAGGUGCUUCCACUCUUCUGCCCUGAUCAGUUAUCCCCUGGAGUCUCUGGAGCCUCUUUCUUGCAAAAUAGCGUGACGCAUCACUACUUAACUGUAUUUGGGACUUUUGCAUCUAGCUAGUAGCUUUAUAUUUGGCCUCAUGUUUUUAUUCUUUUUGUUGUUGUUGUUGUUGUUGUUGUUUUGUUUUUUUCAACAAGCCUGAAAAACCAAAAAUGAUGUAUUUGGAGCAUAAAGAACAAUACUGAUUUGGAGUAAAGGUAACGUGAGGCCCAUGUUGCUUGGGGUGGGGGUGGGAGGGGUUCGAACCUGCGGAUUGACUGCACCGCUGCUUGGCUGUGCCAGCAAGUCUAAGUUAAACCUUUGAUAGAUCAAGUGCCUUCAGUUGUAUUUUUUUUUUU